AAGGAUGAUUCCCAGAGACUCCUGGAAAGCUUCAACUCUGAUGAAAAAGAGCACACGCUCACAAAAAAUGAAACAGAACCCUAUAUGUCAAAAGAGGAGAUUCUGCUGGAGGAAAGUGAGUCUCCUCUGAACAGUAAUGUCACAGCAUUUGCAUUAAAGGCAAAAGUGAUCUAUCCCAUCAAUCAGAAAUUUAGGCCUUUGGCAGAUGGCUCAUCCAAUCCAUCCUUGCAUGAGAAUCCAAAGCAGGCAGUUCUGCCUAAUCAGGUCAUGGAGACAUCUACGUCAGGCAGCCUGGGAUCCCUGAGCCAGGGAGACAAAGAGGACUGCAGUUCCUCCACUACAAUACAUUCCACAACAAGCGAUGACAGAUUUCAGGCUCGAGCCUUCCUCAAGGUGACCAGCUUCCCUGAAGUGCUGACAUGUGAGAGUUUUGAUGUUAAGCUCUGCCUUUGCAGUCUUGUUUUAAAAGAUCUCAUGCUUCUUGAUACUGAACUCAGAAAAGAACAAUAUGUGAUGUUUAUUCAGGUUCUCAAAAUGUAUCUCACAGACUUUUGUCGUAACAAGAUUACUGAUGAUUUGUUCAAGAAGAUCCUUUUAAUUCAAAAAAAUGGUUUUGAAGAAUUGCAGAAACAACUUGACUCUAGACUCCAGAAUACUGAGAUGUCAGGAGCCCGUAAUUCAGAGUACCAGACUCUAGAAGACUUAGAAAGGAAAGAAAGGGAGUAUUCUGAGCACAUAAUAGAUAAUAUGGAAGCUUUCUGGAAGCAGACUGACAAAGCCCAGCAGGAUUUUUUGGACCAAUCAAAAUGCUCAAGUGCCAAAGCAACAAAGAUAACAAUGGAUCUGACCGCGAAGAUGAUUGCAGUAGAAAGCUUAUUAAGUGAAUCUCAAGAUUUGCAGGCAAUGGACAUUCAGGAAAGGUUAUUCAACUGGGAGAUUAUGGUGAAGAUGAUAGAUUCACUGAAGUCCUAUAUACCAGAAGAGUGCAAGUGUAGAUUAAAUAUUGUAUCAAAUAUUCUGGACCAUUUAACUGUAAAGAAUAAUCUCUCAGUCCGACAAAAGGAAGAACUUCUGACAGAUCUGCACAAGGCCUUCUGGGAACAACUGGCACAUUUCAGUAAUGAAUGUAUCCAGCGAAGUAGAGACCUGAUUUUGAAACGACUGGAGUGCCGUGCAAAGAAAAGAGAAGAGUUCAAACACAGACAGAAAGCUGAACAAGGGACUCUUCUCAGUAAAAUGUUUCACAUUGAAGAUGGUAAUGAUUUUGUUAAGGCUUACCAUGAGCUGUUAGAGAAGCAGCGGCAAGCACUGUGGGAACUGGAGGAGGAGGAUGACUGUGAGAGCACAGAGGCCGUUGCAGAUCUCUACAAGGAGCUGUACACUAAAGCUUCCCAUGCUUUAGCAGAGUUGGUGACGGAGCUGUUUCUUCAAACCCUGCCAGUUGUGACUGACCUCUCUGUAAGAGAAUGUGAGCUUCUGAAAGAGGAGUGGCAGGAGAAUUUGGUCCCUCAGCUGGAGAAAUGGGAGACCCACCACCAGAGACGCUGGAAGCUUUUCCAGGAACAACUUUUGCAAGAAAAAGAUCUAUGGGUAAAGGAAUAUGCUCUGUCUGCUGUGAUGCAAAAGCACCUGUCUGAGAAACAAGAGAAGAUCAUUCAAGGUGUUGUAAGCAGGCUGGGAUGCCUCAGUGAUGAGUCUGUUAACUGUAUAUUGCAAAAACACCGACUUUUGCUGUGUUCAGUACUCAGAAGGUUAACCCUCCGACGAGUUGGGAUGGCAGCCCUCACCCGUAUGAGGCUGUCCAGGAAGAAGAGCUUGCUUCAGGAACUGAGAGAGCAACAUACCUUGCAGAAGGGAUCUUCCCCCUGCCAAGAUGAGGACCAGUGGCAGCUACAGAAGGCAGUGGAGUCUCACAUUCUGGAAGAGGAGGAAAGUCUUGAGGAAGAAACACAGCAGACCCAUUUAGAAUUUCACCAGCAGCUAGUCACAGAAAUUCAAGAAGCUCUUCAGUUUCUUCAACAGCACAUGGAGCAGGUGAUUGGGCGGACACUGCUGCAGCAUGCCCGACAGGAAGCUGGAAAAAAGAGUUCAGAUGAUGGACAGGACUUCAAGGAGAGACUGGUGGAAGCUGCUGUAGAAAGUGUGUACGGGACCAGCAAUAAUAUCAAUAGACUGGUGCAAAACUACUAUCAGCAAUUAGGAAAAAUCACAGAAGGCUAUGAAGGGAAAAGGCUUCAACAACUGAAAUCCUUACAAGAAAGAGGUGAAAGGAACAGACUUAAGAAUAAACAAGAAAAUGAACUGGCAUUGAAAGAAAAACAGACCAAAGGCCUCCUGAACGUGUCAUCCACAGUACACCAAAGGAUGGUGCUGCUGCAAAAGAAGGUUUUGUCUCAUUUUGAACUGAAGCAGCAAAUUCGUCUGGAGUCUCUGAAACAAAAGCUGCUGGGAUUCCAUCACCUUGAAACCGAGUUAGAGAAUCAGCUAAAGGAAACAGAGCAGGACUUUGUGAGUGAGUUAGCUGCACUGGCCCGAGUUCCAGUGGCUGUGAAGAAGCAGCCUUCUAAAAGGAGCAAGUCAGCAGGGGAAAAAUCAGACUCAAAAAGGAAGACCUUUCAGACACCAGAAUCGAAAGACAAAGAGAAUUCUCAUGAAAAUAUUCAAGAGCCCCCUGGACUUACUUCUGGCUUAUGCAGAGAGAAGUUACAGAGCCCACAUGAAGGGGAGACUGAACCAAGGAAAAGCUCAAAGAUGCCAAAAAAAAGAGGCAACAGGUAG